CGAAAAACGUCUCGUAGGUCUUGCUUAUUGGUCAACAACGUCCAAGUCACAUUGCAUACAUGCAUGCAUGGUCCUCGGUAACCUAUCCCCGCUCCACCUGCCCCUAGCCGUGGAUGUUUGUCUGGCAUUCCUCGACAUACCAGUACUUUGCAGCAUACUGACGAAAAUCGUUGUCGCGUUUCCAAGUCAUUCGGUGACAAAAUUGGGCUGUCAUGAUUCGCGUCGGUUUCACAAUGCAGGAUUGGCAUGGUGGUGUUCGACGUAUCGAGUGCCUACAGUAGCGUGCAGUGAUGACGAUUGAAAUCCUGGAGUCCUUGGCUGGGCUCACACCAAAACCCCUCAUCAUUGGCCCCUCCACACAUGCCACAGUUGUGGCAAUUGCUCUGUAAUCCGCGCUAUAGACUAGCAUACUGUGGCGUCGGUCACACAGCGUUGCCUAGAACAUGGUGAUGCUCGUAUUUGUAUUCGGGAAAAAUCUCGCGCGUUU